AUGGCCAAUAACAACAUGGAUCUACAUAGUAAAGAAAGUAAAUUAAAGGAAGAAUCUGGUGACAAAGGUGUUAAUUUCAGUGGUAAUGAUGAAUAUUUGAAAAGUUGCCCUUUGGUUGAUCAAGAAGUUCCUGAUUGUGCUGCACUUAAUUAUCCAUGCAUCAUUUGUGACCGAAGUAUAGACUGUGUUUAUGGCAGCUUUUGCAAUUACACAUGUGUUGUAAAACCCAAAAUCAUAUGUAAUGGCUCAAAGACUUUCAACAAAACAGCCAUGUGUCGAUUUUGUUAUCAAACUGAAAAAUGGGAACAUCGAUGUGAUCUAAAAGCUAACUGCAAUUCUUUAGCUUCACCCACCAAGUUUUAUUUGACCAACUGUACAGUGUCUGAUGAUAUUGUAUGCUUAGGCAAACGAAGAUUCUUAAAGAAAAUAAGAUGUUCAUGGACAGCAGGAACACGUUGGGGCACAGCUUUCAUACUUGCUUUAACGCUCGGUGGCUUUGGUGCAGAUAGAUUCUACCUUGGACAUUGGCAGGAAGGUAUUGGAAAGCUCUUUAGUUUUGGUGGACUAGGAGUUUGGACAUUAGUAGAUGCCUUGUUAAUUGGAAUUCACCAUCUUGGUCCUGCUGAUGGUUCUUUAUUCAUCUAA